AUGCAGGACUGGAAACUUCUAGCUGAGUAUCUGCUGAGUGCCUUUGGAGGUUUGGAUGGUUCUGUCCAUGCACUAACCACUACUCAACUCCUGAAAGAAAAUAAGGACUGUGACAAAAGUUUCACCCAAAGCCUGACUUUGCACUGGGAUUAUCCUGAGAUACGUCUGCUCCAGCAUUUCCCAUUCCAUGAGCUGAGAGGGACUCGUACAGAUGGGACUGUUCCCCAGCUAUGGGGAUGGGCUACAUGGGGAGCAACAGGAGUUCUGUGUCCAUGCAACUCAUACAACAUCAAGUCUCAAGGCACAUUCUGGAUUUUUAAGCAGGAGAAGGAAAAUACAUGUGAGCAAAGUGGGACUUUGACACUCUUCAAAAUUUCAAGAGUCUUUUCAGGAAUCCCAGUCAGAAAGCUUCAUUAUGUGAAGAUGAAAAGAGGGGGGUUUUCAUCCCAAAUCCUGUUCCCCUAUGAGGCAAUAGCUCAGGUUUACUUCUGUUCUGGAAAAAAUACCACAAAGAUGAUCUCAUGGGUAUCACAGCUUUUCAGCUUUCUCCAGAAUAUGGUUGACUGGACAUGGGGAGGACAUGCUGUACUUCAAACUGAGUUUAAUUCAGCUGCUACAGAGGCAGUGACUUGCCAGAAUGAAAGCUAUUUUUGUGGCUGGAACAAAAGAAAAGCAAUUGAGAUUUCGUGGAAAACUGUUUGGAUGCUGCUGCAGCUGAGAGGCUGAAGCGUCUGUCUCUGCAGGACUCCUCCUGGACGUCCCUUCUGGUUACACAUGUGCCUAAGUAUUCUGUGGAACUGAGCCCUCAAAGCAAGCAGAAACACCCACACACUUCCACAGACUAUCCAGGGACACAAACACUUUCCAAUCUUCCCCCAGAAAAACUCUCCUUGUCCUUGCCCUGCUGAGAGGCUCAACCUCAGCAGCAAAGACAGCUCUGCCCAGAUCACCCAGUGCUGCUGGUGUGGGAGGAACAGAUCCCCUGCAUCUCUCAGGGAGCAGCUGAGGUGCUGGGUUUUCCUCUGGCUGCAGAAUAUCCCUCCUCAUGCAACUGAAGGAUUUCUGGAUUCUUUGUUUUAUGAGUGUUUUUCCAGCCAGAAUCUGCAGCCAUCUCAUCCCAAACCAGCUGCAUACAGCCAGAGCAAUGCAAGGGUAUACUUAGAGGGUAUAAUCUUUUCUAAAGCAGGAAUAAAUGUUAGUCUUCUCUGAGCUAGGAAAAACAUUUAUUAGAUGUGCUUAAGCAUGUGUGCUGCUCUAGGAUCAGGCCAGAAAAUGAGCAGUGACUCUUAGUUCAUGUUGUAGGUAUGAGGAAGGAUGGGCAGCAGCUGGCCCCUGCCUGGAUGCUCUGAGUGAACAGCAGAAAGAGUUAGGUCAGGGUUUUCCUCACUCACACUCCUGUUGGGUCACUCAGCCAGAGCUGGCCUGCUGCCCUGCUGUCUCCACUGCAGCACUGAGGAUGGAAGUGCAGGAUUUGCUGCUCUGUGAGGCUCAGCAAGCUGGGGAUGCUCUGCCUGGCCAGCAGGACAGGAAACCUUCUGUGUCUGCUGAAAAACCUCAUAAAGAAGCAAAAAGCUUAAAAGAUAUUAUUUAUUUGCUUGCUUAAUUUGCUCUCUCUAUUGUCUGCAGGGCGUGAGGGGAUGCCUGGAAGAAGGGAUGUGCCUCUGACUGCCCAAAGCUCAGGUUUCUCCAUGUGUAGCAGCUUCACUUCUGUGUGGCACUGAAUGGAUGCUGCACUCCCAGUCUGGCUGAACCCCUGCUCUCCACUUUUGGCUGGGUUGUGAGCGUGGUUCUGCUGAAGCAGCCCAAGGGCCAGGUGUCCCUGGGUGCCAGGGCAGUGGGGCUGGCCCAGGGCUGCAGUGCAGGCGCAGCAAAGGCAAAUCAAAAAUCAGCCCCCGGAGCCAGGAGAGCCUGCACUGCCCAAAACCGACCUGGCUUUGAGCCUUUCCAGCAUUCUGUGCACACACUGAGCUCCUGCCUGCCUGCUAGCCAGUGUAACCUGAAGGUUCAUCAAUCCAGCCUACAUUGACUUGAAUGGCUUUUUGUUUAAAGUUUGUCAAUUUUUUGAGAAUGCCUGGGUGAAAUUUCCUUUUUCCAUUUGAAAGAAAAGAAAAAUGUGCACAUUGAAAGAUGCAAAAGGCAUUCAAGAAAUGCACAGAUCAUCAUUUCAGGCAUUCUGAGCAGUGGGAUCCAGUGAAAUCAUUUGUAGCAUCUGUUUUGAUGUUAGAGUGGUUUUAAAUUGUAGAGUUCCACAAAACAAUUUUGAGUAAAUAAAUCUUUCCUAGGUAACUUUUAAUCUUUUCCAUUGUUUUCUCAGUCAGUAUUGCUGUGCUCUGCCAAACAUCAGUUGUGUAACUACAGCAAGACACUUUCAGCCAGAUAAACCAAUGCUUUCUCAUAGCACUGCAAAAAAAUAAAUAUAUACAAAUAAAUAGAUUCAGGGACAAUUUGUCCAACAAUAAUCUAUAGCACAGGGGGGAUUCUGGAGUCAUCUUCAAAGUAUAUGUUGAUGUUCUUAAAAUGACCUAUGAACAUCUCUCUAGUCUGCAAGGAGUCCAGAGGGAUUUUUGAUAUAAUAGAUUUAGGUUAUUAAAUUACUCUUGGAAAUGUGGAGCUGACCUCCAGUGGCAAAUAUUUCUGUGAAAACAUUGGCAAACGUUUAAGUUGGUGAAUUUUCCUCUAGCGCUUCUUUCCUAAAAUCAAAAUAAACAAUAAAAAUAUAUUGGAUAGGGCAAAAAAGCCCACAAUAAGCCAAUUUUGUUGCAUUUUCUGAUACAUGACACUGUCUAACUGCUAAUAAAUAAUGGGCACACCUACUUUUAGCAGUUCAAGAUGCCUUUGAGCUUGCAUGUAAAAUGGGAUGGAAUUACCCCCCUUUUGUGCUGAUUUAGCCUAGAGCUGGUGAGAAGCCCCAGUUCUCCGUCGCUCAAUGCAGACACAGGAACAGGCUGUGCUGGGAUGGGAGGGGAUUCCUGGGGACAGGAUUUUGGCUCGGAGAGGCAGGGAACGGUGACACAGCAGAGGAGCACUCGGAGCCCUGACACUCCCCUGAAUCCCCUGAAAUGAGCCCGGCUUGGAGACCUGCAGGGGCAUUUCCACCUCACCCCAACAACCACAUUACACUGGCAGGAGCUCUCAUCUGAUUAAUGCUCCUCUUUUUAUACAAAUUAAGCAAUUCCAGCAGGAGGGAGGAAAAAAAAAGCUAAACCUGUAAUGAGCAGAAAAAGGACUUGAACCUGAGCCUCUUGCGCUGAGAUGAGUACUUCAUGUGUAUUUUUUUAAUUAAAAAGACUGGUUUGAUUUUGAUGAUUAAUAAGCCCAGCUUGGAGAGUUCAGGUGAUGGAUUUCUUGGUGCUUUCGGGCUCUUUACAGAGAAUUUUGAUUAAGUUCUUUAGGAAUGACCUGAAAAAUUAAGGCAUUUUCCUUAUGACCUUUUAAAUAUCCAGAC